AUGGAGCUCGAUCUGCCUGGCGGAACGAAUCAUCACAUGAAGAUACGGAAUACGAUCGAUAUCAAAGGAAUUAUGACAGACCCAGUAACUCUCGUGCUCCGUUUGUGGAUUUGCGCAGAAGCUCCUUUGGAAAUACGAGCUAUGGAAAAUAUCAAGGAGGAGACAAGUCUACGACCGAUUAUCAAAAAUCACUACAAGGAACACGCGGAUGUCACUUCACGAGCACAGACAGAGAUCGACGAUUGGCUUUCGACGAACAAGGUGACGAUGAAAGGCAAUAACAUUCCGCGACCCGUAUUUUCUUUUGGUGAAGCAAAUUUCAACCCAAGGAUUUUGCGAGAACUCUCCAACUUUCAGACACCAACAUCGAUUCAAUCAAUAUCCUGGCCUGUUUUGAUGAGUGGACUCGACAUUAUUUCAAUAGCGCAAACAGGAUCCGGAAAAACGUUGGCAUACAUGCUUCCGGCGCUUGAGCACAUAGAACUUGCGCAACAAGUAUCUGAAGUUUCAAAGUCAUGUAUCAAAGCUUCGAAUCUUCAAUAUGCAACUCUUUUCGGCGGUGUCAGCAAAUUUGCUCAAGAGGACUUUCUGGCAAAAGGAGUCGAUGUUGUUGUUGCCACUCCAGGACGAUUACUUGAUCAUUUGAAUACGAAAACAAUUGAUUUACGUAAUUGUUCAUAUGUGGUGCUCGAUGAAGCUGAUCGGAUGCUUGACAUGGGAUUUGAGCCACAAGUACGCAGUGUUCUUUCGCAAAUUCGGCCCGAUCGUCAAACGGCAAUGUUCUCAGCAACUUGGCCAAAAGAAGUGCAAAAACUUGCGCGGGAUUUCUUGAAGGACGAAGUGUUUCUGAAUGUUGGCUCAAUGGAACUGUCAGCAAAUCCGGAUAUUAAACAGAUUGUCGAAGUUGUAGAUGGUCGUGAGAAGAGGGAUCGUCUAAAGCAUUUGAUUGAAAAUAUAUUUUCAAAGGAAAACAACAAGACGUUGAUUUUCGUGCAAACAAAAGUGGCGGCUGAUCGAUUGGCGACCUUCCUUGGGCAUUUCGGACACAAAGCAUUGAGUCUGCAUGGAGACAAAACGCAAUUGCAACGGGACACAAUUAUGCAAAGGUUCCGACGUGAUGCUUCUGGAAUUCUAAUUGCUACAGAUGUGGCUGCUCGGGGAUUGGAUGUGGAUGAUAUCGAGCACGUGAUCAACUUUGACUACCCGAAUAACUCGGAGGAUUACGUGCAUCGCAUUGGAAGAACGGGACGGGCUGGUAGAACGGGUGUUGCUUAUUCGUUUGUGACUCCGGAAGAAUCGCACAAAGUGCCCGAUCUGAUCGAAGUUUCGACACUUGGCUGUCACUUAUCAGAAUUGAUCUCUGAUCAUGAUUGGAAAUUGCUUAAACAAUUGCUUGACAUUAAAGGCGAUCCGAAAACCUCUGAAAUGACUGCCUCGAUUUUGAUGGGAAUGACUUGUCGACUGCCGAAGAGAGCCUCGGGAUUGCUCAAGUUUGGGAAAAAGGCUGUCGAGGCGACCGCUUUUCUCCGCUUCAACGCCAACAACUCGCCCACAUCCAUUGAACACAUCAUCUUCUAUUGCACUACUUUGGAAAGUGGUGGCUCAAUGGAGAUUCUCAUCAAUGAACACAAAUUCGCGAUUCGACUCGAUCUUGCUUUUAAGAUCAUUUUCAUUGAAUUAAGAGCCGCUGAAGCGUUGGGUUAUUCGGGAAGUUCACUGAUUGACACAUCUCUCUACGAGUUGAUCCCAAAUGAAGAUGUUGGAUCGAUUCAACAAGCGCACAAGAAAUUACUGAUCGAUGAAACCGCUCAAUCUUCUACCCCGAUUUUGGCUUUGUUGAAAGCCGGUGGUGGAACACUGAGCGUUCUCAUUCAUUUCUUGCGUCACGAUGCGAAAAGGCGUGAACACUCGACAGUAACCGCUAUUUGCUCGAUUGUUGGCAACGAGAUCGACUCGGCUUUACUCUCAGUGAUUCAAACGCGUCCGAAAUGGAGUUCGGGUGAUUGGUGGACGGAUGGAGCGCCCGUUGGAUCACAUUCUUCACUACACUAUGCCCACACUUUGGGGAAAUUGAUUAAGCCU